AUGUCAAAACUAAAGAAUAAUUUAGAUUACUUCACGGUUGACAAUAUUAUCACCCUUAGACGGGAAAAAUAUAAAACCGACAUAGAUAAUGCGAUACAAUCUUUAAAAUACGAAAUCGAUAAUAAUGAUAUGGAAAUAUAUGUUAUAAAAUACUCGAAAAAUGUAGAAAGAAAUCGGGAUGGCAAGAUCAAACGACCUUCCAAUUCAAACAUUUUAUAUACAAACACGCUUAAUAAACAUUUAGACCAGGUCGUCGAAAAAAUAUGUGAAGAUCAUCAAGUGAAAAGGUGUAUGAAAAUGCCCCUCAGUAAGAAGUUUAGUAAGAUAAUAUGGGAAGAAUUAAAGGAAGAACAGAAAUAUACCGAUUUUUUUAAAAAAUUGGCUACAAAAAUUAAAGAUGCACACGCUAAAAAAAAUCCGGGUUAUGUUUAUAAGCCGAACCGAAACAAAAAUAAACAUACCAUUAUUAAACAAUAUCGUCCUAAAAAUGACGAUCACUUGCCACGAGAAACGAAAAAUAGCUCGUCGACUGCGCAUUUACAAGCUCAAAGCAUUACCAUCGCUCCAAAUGAUUGUGUUGAUAAUCCGCAACAAAUGGAGAGUGCUCAAGCACAAGUCAUGCCUCAAGAAUCGAUGAAUAAAUCUUCGAAAGCGCAUUUACAAUCUCAAAGAUUUAACAUGUCUCCAAAUGAUUCGCAACUAAUGGAGAUUGCUCAAGCACAAGUUAUGACUAAUGAAUCAAUGAAUAACUCUAAUGCGCAUUUACAAUCUCAAAGAUUUAACAUAUCAAAUGAUCAUGUUCGACAAAUGAGUAGUGCUCAAGUACAAAUCAUGUCUCAUAAUUUUUCGAAUACGAAUUUACAAUCUCAAAGUUUUAAUCAUGUUGAUCAUUCGCAACAAAUGAGUAGUACUCAAGCCGUGUCUCAAGAACCUAUUCAUAAUCAGAAUACGCAAAUACAAUCUCAAAUAUUUAAUAUAUCACCAAAUGAUCAUGUGGAUCAUUCUCAACAAAUGAAUGGUGCUCAAGUACAAGUCAUGUCUCAUGAAUCGAUGAAUAACUCUUCGAAUACGCAUUUACAAGCUCAAGGCAAUGAUCAUAUCGGUACCACACAACGUACAUACGUGAAUGGCCAGGGUGUUUAUGAUUCUGAAAAUUUUCUUGAUGAACCAAUCCUUCCGGAAUUUAAUGAAAAAACAAUUCCAAAAGAAUUGUAUGUAAAGCCAUUUUCCAUACAUAAUGAUAUUCUUAUGCAACAAUUUCCUUUCGAUGAUCAUCAAGGAGAAUAUAAUCAUUUAAACGGCAAUGAUUUAUUUAUUCCAAAUUACUCUUAA